AUGCUGGCCAGAUCGCUCCCUGUUGCCAGACGUGCCCGACUAUUUCAUACUUCUCUGCCCGCCUCUGUUACACAGUACAAAUCUCUGCCAGCAAGCACGACAGCGCGCGCAACUUAUGAGAAAAGCAACGUCGAGUGGGAGGAAUUGUGGGCUCGAUCUACCCAGGAGGUCGCCGGACAAGAUGAGGUCAAGCGGAACCAGGUCGGCGUGCAGCUCCUCUCGCGCCAGCUGCACAAGCAGAUCUUCCGCAACGUCUCCUUCCCCGCCCCCGAGUCCUCGUAUGUGCGCAUCGCGCAGGAGCACCUCAAAACGCACGGACUCGACCCCGCGCAAGGAUCCGUCCUCCCCCAAACCGACUUCACGCUCCCGCCGCUGCAAGGCCACAACCUCGAUGAGCACUUUCACGCCAUUGGCGCAAGCGCGGCGCAGCCCUGGCUCUCGCUCGCGCAGGAUCUUGCGGGCGUCGAGCUUCCCCCGCGACCCGACCACUGGAACGUCCAGGCGGGAUGGACGCGGUACCUCUACCACCCGGACGGAUCGAGUUACUACGAGCACGUCGAGUACCCCGAGUUCAACGGCCAAGCGGAGGAGAUGCUCGUGUUCGACGUGGAGACGCUUCCGGCGUACAGCCCGUAUGCCGUCAUGGCCUGCGCCGCGUCGAAGAACGCGUGGUAUUCCUGGGUCUCGCCGUGGCUUCUGGGACACACUGAGGAGACGAACCAGUUGAUCCCGAUGGGCAAUCGUACGGUGCCUCGCGUCGUGGUCGGACAUAACGUGUCGUACGACCGUGGUCGUAUCCUUGAAGAGUACAACGUUGAUGGUACACGGACGCGAUUCCUCGACACCAUGUCGCUGCACAUCGCUGUGAAGGGUAUCUCAUCCAACCAGCGGCCUGCGUGGAUGCAAUACCGCAAGUCGAAGGAGAAUGAGCAACUGCGAAAGGAGGAAGCCAUCGAAGCCGUCGUGGAGCUCAUGCGACAGGCCGAAGAGCGACUAGUCUCGGAGUCCGAUCCGGCAAAGAUCGAGGAACUGAAGCGGCUGCUGCAAAGCCUGGACGAGGGUCUUCAGUCCUUGCAGAACGAGGGGUUUGAAGAGGACGAGGAGGAAAUCUCGUGCAAGCGCUGGCAGGAUCUCACUUCCGCGAACUCGCUCGCUGACGUAGCGAAGUUGCACUGCGACAUCGACAUCGACAAGGAGAUCCGCAGCGACUUCAUGUCGAGCACGAGAGAGGAGAUUCUCAAUGGCAUCCAGGACUACUUGAACUACUGCGCAGGCGACGUUGCAGUCACUCACUCUGUGUUCAGCAAGGUCCUACCUGCUUUCCUCAGCGCGUGCCCGAGCCCUGUAUCAUUCGCCGGUGUCCUGACUAUGGGCUCGAGCUUCUUGACGGUCAACGAGCAAUGGGAGGCCUAUCUCGCCCAUGCCGAGCGCACGUACAAGGAACUCGAAGAGAAGGUUAAGACACGCCUUCACGACUUGGCUCUUCAAGCGAAGGACAUGAUGAAGGACGACCGGUGGAAGGCAGAUGUCUGGCUGAGCCAGUUAGACUGGACACCGAAGGCUGCAAGCACAUCGCGAGGCAUCAAGAAGCCGAAACUCACGGACUCAGACAAGGCCAUGGUCCCAGCCUGGUAUGCGACUCUCCUCAGGUGGGGCCCGUUUCGAAAUACAUUCUCGCAAAAAAUAUUACCGCACCUGCUGCACGCCAAGUACGAAGGAAUGACUCUACAUUUCUCCGAGGAGCAUGGCUGGUACUGGUAUGCGGGAGACGAGAUAUGUCAGCCUACGAAGAGGGGCGGUACCGGCCGUAAGGUGGUCGACUUGUUUACGGUUGGCGUCGGAGUACACGCCUUGGAAAACGGCAGGAUGGUGACCGACGAUGACGAGCUAGCGUUCGCCGUCAGCAACAAGUACAGAUCCGAUUGGGUAGCGGCGCGCAUCGUGGCCGUGGCGAACAAGAUUCUCGAUAUGGACCAGGCUGAGAUCGACCAAGACCCCAGGCUCAGGCAGCUGGACUGGACUCCCACAGCAGCGCCGAAAGCACAUCGACUGUGCACUGGCUUAACGAAGCCUCUGGUGAGGGAGAGACCUACAUCCGUUGUCGUGGAGUGGCCUAAGUGGUUCUGGGACCUUACGAAGCCGAAGAAGGGCGCCAAACCCGGCACGCUCGACCUUACCGUGCGGAGCCGAGUCGCACCGCUCCUCCUACAUCUCUCCUGGCAGGGCUGGCCGCUCUUCCACUCCCGGAAACAUGGCUGGACCUUCCGCGUUCCCCCCGGCGCGAAGUUCGAAACCCGUGCGAAACCGUUGGCCUUUACACACAAUGGGCUCAGUCCAGCAGACGAGCAACUUCGGGCGAUGACCAACGAGGGCUACGUGUUCUACAAGCUUCCGCACAAGGACGGCGAGGAGGCGAACGUAGGGAGCCCCCUCGGCAAGACGUUCAUGAAGUUUGCGCAGGACGGGACGCUAACGAGCCCGGGCGACGAGGCCAAGGAUGCGCUCGACAUGAACGCGCAGUGCAGCUACUGGAUCAGCGCGCGUGACCGAGUGCUCAACCAGAUGGUCGUCUGGCAGGACGAGCGCGUCAAGGCGGGUCUCCCGCAGCCCGCAGAAGUGGGCAAGAAGUGGGGCAUCAUCAUCCCGCAGGUCAUUACGAUGGGCACCGUCACGCGGCGCGCGAUUGAGAAGACGUGGCUGACCGCGAGCAACGCGAAGAAGAACCGCGUCGGGUCGGAGCUGAAGGCGAUGGUACGCGCUCCGGAGGGAUACGCCAUCGUCGGCGCCGACGUUGACUCAGAGGAGCUGUGGAUCUCGAGUGUUAUGGGUGACGCGCAGCUCGGUUUGCACGGCGCGACAGCGAUCGGCUGGAUGACGCUCGAAGGCACCAAAGCUGCGGGCACGGAUUUGCACUCCAAGACUGCGAGCAUCCUGGGCAUCUCGCGCGAUCAGGCGAAGGUGUUCAACUACUCGCGUAUCUACGGCGCUGGGAUGCGCCACGCAGUCUUGCUGCUGCUUCAGUCGAACGCGGGUAUGCUGCCCGAGCAGGCACAGAAGCUCGCGCAGAACCUGUACGCGUCUACCAAGGGUAAGAACACCCAUCGCGCUGAUCUGUUCGGACGCAAGUUCUGGUACGGCGGUACGGAGAGUUAUGUCUUUAACAAGCUUGAGGAGAUCGCGCUUUCCGACCGGCCACAGACACCUGCACUUGGGUGCGGAGUGACGUACGCGCUGUCGAAGGAGUACCUACCUGCGACGUUCGGCGACGACUACAUGCCUUCGCGCAUCAACUGGGUCGUCCAGUCCUCCGGUGUCGACUACCUGCACCUCCUCAUCGUCUCGAUGGAGCACCUUAUCCAGAAGUAUGACAUCCAGGCACGCUACCUUAUUUCCGUGCACGACGAGCUGCGGUACCUAGUCAAGGAGGAAGACCGCUACAGGGCGGCGCUAGCGCUCCAGAUUGCCAACCUCUGGACGCGCAGCCUGUUCGCUUACAGACUCGGUAUGGACGAUCUCCCGCAGGGUGUAGCGUUCUUCUCCGCUGUUGAUGUUGACAAGGUGCUGCGCAAGGAGGUCGACAUGCCCUGCGUGACGCCGUCGCAGCCGAUCCCCAUCCCGCCUGGCGAGAGCUUGGACAUUGCCAAGGUCCUAGAAAAGACUAACGGUGGCUCCCUCUGGCCUGACGGAGCUCCAAUGGUUGAAAACGACGGCAUCGACUGCGGGGGCAGUCUCGUCGGUUAUCGUCAGCCUGAUUGCCUUGUCCAUCGCGCGCACAGCGCUGAGUGGUUGCGAGCGCAGGCUAGCUCCGACCUUCAGGAGAUCAAGCAGCUUGCGAUGGCUCACAAGGCGAAGUUCGGCGACGGCUUGAAGUCAAACCGGCAGGCUUCGAAGAACAUCUCUGGGCUGCGGCGCCUGCGGAAGGUGCGCACCCUGGGCGACGGGAAUAGCGUAGACUGGAACAACACCAUCGAGCAGCUGCUCAAGUCUCUGGACAUGCAUCCGUGA